ACCAAUGUUGCACUCGCUGGGGAGCUGAAGUCCAGCGGUCAGCAGCAGCAUCGCUUGACCCGACAAGGCUCUCUUCUGAAUGGGCAGGUCAAUGAAUAUUUCUACAGAGUUUUGUGUGCUGGUAUCCUGGUACUGCCUAUAGUGAAAUCACAAGCUAGAUCCUUCCAUAUCCUCAUCCCGGAACUUCAGUGACAUGGAUAGUUUGAAGGACUGUUCUCCUUGGGGAAGAGAAGCUUGAUUUGAUCGAGGCAUUCAAAAUCAUGAAGGGUCUGGACAGAAUAUAUAGAGAGAAAUUAUCUUAGAAUCAUCUUCAUCAAUGAUCUUCCUUCCAUCAUAAGGCAGAGAACCACAGUUGGAGACAAGAGGACUAUGCUCAAAGCUUAUCCUGCAAAAGUGGACACAUAAUGCUCGAGGCUGUUCUCAGUGGGAAUGCUGCAAGGUUACACAUGUGGCUGGAUGAGAAAAUCUACUUGCAGGUGCAUUGUCGGGGGUUUAAAGCUGAAAGGAAAUUGUACAUUUAAACCUGGACACUAGACUGAAAUGACCUCUGUUGAUACAAAGGAUUUGGGGGAAUUACUGGGCAUCAGGUUCCAAAAGAUAACCCAGUCCUGAAACACCCUGAAAAGGAAAGCUAACAUGGAGAAUGAUGUCAUUAACCUCAUUGUACCCGAAGAUUUGAAGAGCGAGUACUACGGCAGCUUGGACAAUGAGGAGGACAACCCUGAGGAUGGAACCUUUAUGGCAAUGCAGGAGGCCAAUAAUGAACCCAAAGAAAUAACAGCAAGUCCAAAGACAGGAGAAAAAAAUCUCUUUUUCAGUGAUGGGAAAACCAGAAUUGAUUAUGUCCUGGUGUGGGAAGAGGAGCUACCAAAGGAAUCUGAGAAACUGAGAGCUGAAAAUAUGGAUAUUGCCAGGGAAAAGAGCCAGAAGUCCAAACUAAUGAAAGACAUGGAGAAGGGCACAAGGUGGAGAAAUACAUUUCUGAAGAACCUCAAGAAAAGUGGCCUGCUCAUUGAAAUGCAUGAGACACAGAAUGAGAAGCGCAAGAUCCAUUACUUCAUGCUGAAUGCUCCGUGGAAAGUGCUCUGCUAUUAUGCAGAGGACAUGAGGCUGUGUGUUCCUCUGCAGGCAUCAGUAACGUGUACCUCCAAUUGGUCACAGAACUUAUUCUCGAAGCUGGGAAUCUGUAAUAUCAUGCUCGAAGACAUUCUGUGCACCCACCAAGAAUGUUUCACCUGCCCGCUCCGACUCUCCAAGUUGGAAAGGUAUUUAAAUAGUAACAACCACGAGGACUUCUUCACCAACACACAGAGGCAUGCAAUAGUCUAUGAAAUAUUAAUGAGGGCCAAAUAUGGGCAUCGGCGAAAGGGCCAGAUUGGUAUCGACAGCCUGUUGAAUGAGAAGGUGUUUUCGGCUGCGUUUCCUCUUCACGAUGGUCCAUAUAAGGCCUUUGGUAAGGGCAUGUGUCCUGAGGAGCUCAGCCUUAGACAGGUACUGUAUGCGUAUUGGGCUUGCUGGGGCAAGUGGUAUAAAUACCAGCCGCUGGACCAUAUCCGGGAUUACUUUGGAGAGAAGAUUGCCUUUUACUUCACGUGGUUAGGAUUUUACACGGGGUGGUUGUUACCAGCAGCAAUUUUAGGAACUGUGAUCUUCAUUGUUGGAAUCACCCUGAUGCCGACUGACAUUCCUGCAAAGGAAAUCUGCGAACAAGGAGAUAACUACAACAUGUGCCCACUUUGUACGAACUGCAAAUCCUGGAAGCUCUCCAGCAUCUGCCCGAUCUUCAAGGUGAGCCAGAUCUUCGACUAUGGAGGCACUGUGUUCUUCAGUAUCUUCAUGUCAUUGUGGGCGGUAAUGUUCCUUGAGUACUGGAAGAGAAAGGGUGCCAUCAUGGCCUGUAAAUGGGACUGCCUCAACUACGAGGAAACUGAGGAGCGCCCCAGGCCCGAGUUCGCUGCUGUGGCUCCCAUGACUAUAGAGAAUCCAAUCACUGGGCUGGAGGAGCCGCACUUUCCAGAGAAGGACAGGGUACGGCGAGUUAUCGUGAGCUCCAUGGUGAUUCUGCUCCUGGUUGUGGUGGUGCUCAUCUUCCUGAUUUCCAUCAUUCUGUACCGUACUAUUGUUAGCUUCCUCAUGUAUAACACUGGAAAUAUCUUCGUCAUGGCAACAGCUCCAAGGAUUGCCAGUAUAACAGGAUCAGUAGUCAACCUCCUGUUCAUUCUCCUAAUGGCUCGAGUGUAUACAUCGCUAGCCCAUCUCCUAACUAAAUGGGAAAUGCACAGGACUCAGUCUAAAUACGAAGAUGCCUUCAUCUCCAAGCUGUUCGUUUUCCAGUUCAUCAACUUCUAUUCCUCGCCAAUCUACAUUGCUUUUUUCAAAGGCCGGUUUGUUGGUUAUCCUGGACAAUAUGGCUCGCUGUUUGGAAUCAGAAACGAGGCUUGUGGAACUGGUGGCUGUCUGAUUGAACUGGCACAGGAACUACUUAUUAUCAUGGUUGGAAAGCAAAUUAUCAACAAUGUACAGGAGUAUGUCAUCCCGAAGGUGAUAUUUUGGUGGCAGAAGUGGGAACUGAAGGGCAAAGACAAAGAGAAGUCCAUCCCAGUCCAACAUCCCUGGGAGAAGGAUUACCAGCUGCUGCCCUGUGAGGGGCUCUUUGAUGAGUAUCUUGAGAUGGUCCUGCAGUUCGGAUUCAUCACCAUCUUUGUAGCUGCCUGCCCACUGGCUCCUUUAUGUGCCCUUCUCAAUAACUGGGUAGAAAUCCGUCUGGAUGCCAACAAGUUUGUGUGUGAGUACCGACGGCCGAUCGUGGAGCGAGCUCAGGGGAUCGGAAUCUGGUUCCGUAUCCUAGAAAUCAUCACCACCAUAGCUGUAAUAACUAACGCCUUUCUAAUAGCGUUCACGUCAGAUUUCCUGCCUCGUCAAUAUUACCGAUAUGUGCACCAAAGUGACUUGACUGGCUACACUAACUUCACCUUGGCAUUUUCACCCCUCAACUUCAACCAGCAGAACAAUAGCAUGUGCAGGUACAGAGAUUUCAGGGAUUCCAAUGGCCACUUGAGUCUGACAUACUGGAAUCUACUGGCUAUUCGUUUGGUAUUUGUCAUUGUGUUUGAGCAUGUGGUGUUCUUUGUAGCCCGAAUGAUUGACUUGCUGGUCCCCGACAUGCCUGAAUCUUUAGAAAUUAAAGUGAAGAAGAAUCGCUACAUGGCAAGGCAGGCUCUGGCUGAGAGCCAGGUUCUUCUAGAACAAGCUGAAAGCCCAAAUGGAUUACCUAGCCCAAGGCUAUCAGAAACCAGAAUUGCAACAGAUCAGCAAGAUCUGCCUCCCAUCCCAGAAGAUAAACCGUUUCAACUGUGACACCUCCUGUUCAUCACAUACCAGCCUGCAGCUGUCUGGCAACAUUACAGUUCAAAUCUGAAUCUCAGCAGAAAUAUUCACACAUUUCACACUAAAAAGAUACAAUAAUUUGAAGGGGGAAAAUUUGAAACCCUUGGUCGGGGAAAUGAAUGUUAAAUCAUGACAUAUCUGAAACUCAACCCCUACCUACAUACUCACCUCUUUCUGGUUUAAACACUGAGGGCCUGUAAUUAUAAUAUUUAAUAAGGCUCCUUUCUAGAUGCUUUGGCAAUGAUUUGAAUUGAACAUUUCCUGUAUGGGCUUCCUGAGGUUCAGGAAACCUGGCAACUAAAGGGAGAUGGGCCAAUCCUGGGGGUAAGUGCUUUUUCUAGCACUGCUUAUGGGUCAAGAGUGCUUAUCUGACACCCCAAGCACAAAGCUUCUGCUGUGAUCCCCCCCUCCCUCCCUCUGCUUGUCAGUCCAAUCCCCCAUCCACCCCUGUUCUUUCCUGGUUGCUGGGACCAUCACUGUGGUCUUCUACCACUGACAUUCCUGCCAGUUGUCCGGAGGGAAACAGAGUAUAAAUGUGAAAGGGGUUCUACCAAUCUCCAUUUUCCCAGGGUUCCAGGGUUUUCCCCCCUAACUCACACAUGUUCCUUCACUCCCUCCCUGGGAGGAGUCCAUUUAAAAAAGACAGAGCCUAUCGGUGGCCAAUGGGUACUUUGGAGCUAUUCUGUCUCUUCAAUCUUGUUCCCUCAUCUCUUAAAGAAGUUGGUACUUGCUGGUGUACAGUGCCAGCUGCCACACUCAGUGGCUACUCAUCAAAUAGGAGCCCAACAAUUGAGCUCUGGCAGGCUAUUCAACUGCAGGGGGCACUCAUGCAAGAACUUUCCUGUCCAUGUAGGUUUAUCUCAUGAUUAUCCCACCGAUUAGACCAUCUCUGGAUGCUGACCUGGAAUCUUAGGCUGAUUGCAACUUGCCUGAGCUAGAAAGAAUGCAAUGUCUACCUGUCAUCUUGGCUGAGAUCAAAAUGGGGCUUGAUCCUGGGAUCUUCCAGGCUGUGUACCUCCGUUCUACAAUAGGCAAUGAACUUAACCAUUGAGCCAGUGGAUCUUUUCUAGCCUAAGCCUUGUGUUUCUUCAAUUGGUUCAUAAAAUAUUGAGUAACUACCUGAAUUAUAGAUAGAGUAGAGGUCGUGAGCUCCAGUCACAGGUCGCUGGUAUGUUCAACAUACAAAGUUGACACACAUCUUUAUUGAACAGAGGUAGUUGCUUGGAAACACUGUUUUAUUCCAUCCUAAGCCAGGCUUUACUCUUAGACAAUGAGCUUUAGUCUUCCCUUGAUGUUGAAGUUUAAAAGAAAGUAUGA